CUUUACAUCUGGGUCCUAGCAUGAACCAUACAACACAAAGUUGAAGUAAGCUGUUUACUGCACAGGCCAAUGGGUACUAACGGCACAAUAAAUGGCAACAUUCAAAACGAAGCUGCAGGAGCUAUAUAUAUCGUUCUCUUUCUAAUAGGGGCUGCAGCCAAUGGCUUUAAUCUUUGGGAUUUAAGACAAAGAAGGGGAAAAAUUACAUUUCUUUACAUGAUAAACCUAGCAGUCUCGGAUUCCGUACUCUGCUGUAGCCUCCCGUUUAGGGCAGUAUACUACUUCAAAACAAAUGACUGGAAUGCUACAUCUGCAGAAUGCUAUGUGACAGCAUUUGUCAGCAUUUCUGUGUUCUAUGUAAAUAUGUACAGUAGUAUAAUCUUUCUCCUUUGGAUAGGGAUCACCCGGUAUGUGAUAAUAGUGAGGCCCAAAUCAGGAAUUUUUAUACUUUUUUUAAAGCCAGGUUUAAUUAAACCUUUAUGUUUUGUGACCUGGAUUAUACCUUGCCUUACUGUCUUCCCUGUAAUUAUCCAUUACUUUACAGGUCAGUAUUCAAAAGACUCAAAGUCUUGUUUCACUUUCAUUAAAUAUGAGCUUGGGUCACACCAAACAGCACACGUACUUGGAUCAAUUGCAUUCUUUUUUAUUUUGGUGAUGUUACUUAUAUUUUAUAGUUUGCUGGUGUGGCAUCUCCAAAAGUCAAGAAGGAACAAUGUAGUAAUGAAACUUCAAAGUGGAAGCUUAAAGGUUCGGAGGAAAAUUUUAGCCUCUGUGCUAAUGUUUGUGGUAUGCUUUAUGCCUUACCACAUUCAGAGAAUUGUCAUGUUAUCACAAGACCCUAAAAACUGUACAACGCAAGACAGACUCUACACAGCAAAAUAUGGAACUCUUCUUCUCGCUGCCUUCAGCUGUUGUAUUCAUCCACUUCUGCACCUCUGUCUCCGUUCCAGAUUUUGCAAAGCUGGAACUAUAUCGAUGAAUAUGAACAGCAUCAGUGAAAAUGCAAACAGCAAUAGGACAACAAAACCAACAGAGACCACCAACAAAUAAUGUGCUGCUUAUAAACUUACAGUGCCUACAGGGGUCAGUAAAAGCAUACAUAUUUUUAUUGUGCAGAUAUCUUGCAGAUGUUUCUUGAAAAACAUUAAUAUCAAUUCCCUAAUAUUCAGAAGUAAAUUCAUUUUCAUUUUAAUAAAUAAGACUCACCUGGCCCUUAGUCCAGCCCCUAUGAGAUUUCUGACCAGUAAUCGGAUGAACACUUCUAGUACAAUCCUAUCCUAGUAUCCUACCACACCAACUGAAAAACUUUACUGAAAAGAUACAAAAGCAGCACCAAGAGAAGGAAUACUGCUAGGAAUUGUAUAUGUACAGUUAACAUGGAGGCAACCGCACAAUGCAUAGGUUAUUACUGGAGAAAGCUUACAGAAGGAAUUAAAUGUCUUUAGUAAAGAAAAGCUAAGCUUUGCUUGUGAUCUGAAUGCUCAGACAGGAGUUAUUAUCGCUCUGUUCAUACCUCUCAAAUCCCUAGAUAUUUGCAGAAUGUACAGAGUUUUGGUCUGUUCAAAUUUGUUUGUGUUUUUUUUUUUUUUUUUUGCAAAUCACUGAAGUCAGUAAAUAAUGACAUACAUUUGAGUUUCAGACUUCAUAUCCUUCAGAAAAUGCAUACCAACAGAAAUCCUGUUACUCUAGCAAUGUUUAUUAACAGUGAUGUUUAAAAUUUGUCCCUAUUUUUCACCCUUUGCCUCACCUAUUACCCCAUUAUUUUAGGCUUUGUCAAGAUUUCUUGCAUUAAGAGCCUGACAAGUAAAGCUCUAGUUCAGCACUCUGCAUGGAAAUAUCUGAGUAUUUUAGCAUGUGAGAAAAAAAAAUGCAGGCUCCAAAGCACCAUGGCACAUGGUAUUAAUUACCAUGUUAUAAUACACAUGAAAGUUUCUGGAAAUUUCUUUUUUUGUUUCAUUUUAAGGUUUUGCUAAAGAUUUGCAUAAUGAUCCUUUAAUGGUAUCAACUGAUGCUUUCAGACUUAGAAGGUUAACAUAAAUGUGAUGCUAAAAGUGCCUGACUGAUCUGUUGGCUCAAAGUAUCAACUUUGAUCAUCUUUCAAAUCAUUUACUAAACACCAUUUCAGACCAAAAUGUCAUUUACAAUUUUUCCUUUUCUUUUAAUAGCAUGUAUUCAAAAUGCAUUUUGCUUAUUUCUAAACAACAUGAUAAGUCAAGCACCCUGUAUUCUGUUACAACUUUCUGCCGCAGUAUAACAAAGCAACUUCACUGGGAAACAGAUAAUAAACUGCUUUUCCACUUG